UAUCCGUUUGCUGCAGUUUUGUUGUGACAGAUUAAAUUAAGUAGCCAUACUGUUUAGGGUUAAACCACAAGUCUAACGUAAUUCAUUCAUUUUCAACAAAUGGACUGCUGCAUUGCAUCUGCACUGUGGUGUUUUAUACCACUUUAUUUACUUAUUCACUUCCUGUGUUUUAUUUUCGCGGAUGCAGACUUCACUCUGCUUUGGGCAGGUCUGUUCGGACACCGGCCAGAGAAUAAACUGAAAGGGCUGGUGGUUUGGGUCACUGGAGGCUCCAGUGGUAUUGGAGAGGAGCUGGCCUACCAGCUAGCAAAGUGUGGAUCACGUCUCAUCCUGUCUGCUCGACGUGAGGAUGAGCUAAAGAGGGUCAAACGUUGCUGUUUAGAGUGCUCCGACCUUCAGGAUGAAGAUAUUCGUGUUCUUCCACUUGAUUUGUUGGAGAGGACAUCGCAUGAGGAAAAAGCAAAAGCCGCAAUUCAGUACUUUGGACAUAUUGAUGUCCUAAUUAACAAUGGGGGCCGAAGCCAGCGCUCUCUGUGCUUGGAGACCAGCAUUGAUGUGUAUCAGGCCUUGAUGGAGCUCAACUUCCUGGGUACGGUCUCCAUCACCAAGCAGGUGCUGCCUCACAUGACGCAGCGAGCCACAGGAAGCAUUGUGACUGUCAGCAGCGUAGUCGGCCUCGCCGGGGCACCACUGGCAACAGGAUACUCUGCCAGCAAACACGCUCUUCAGGGUUUCUUUAAUUCUCUUAGGACCGAGCUGACUGACUUUCCAAACAUACUCAUCAGCACGGUGUGUCCUGGGCCUGUGCAAUCACAGAUUGUCCAAAAUGCCUUCACGGAGGAAGUGCACAAGCCCAUGGCUGCAGCGGGUAACCAGGGGCACAAGAUGCCAACGAGUCGCUGUGUGCGCUUAAUGCUGGUGGGAAUUGCCAACGGUGUCAAGGAAAUGUGGAUUGCACAGCAGCCCUUCCUCCUGUUCUACUACACCUGGCAGUAUGCUCCCACAUUUGCCUGGUUCACCACAAACAUGUUGGGCAGAAAAAGGGUGCAGAAUUUCAAAGCUGGUCUGGAUGCAGACACUGCAUACUUCACUAAGUCCAAGACCUCCUGAAAGUCACAUCCUCAAGAGGAAAUGCAUGAAUUCCUGAUGUUCAACCUGGAAAGUGAUAUGGGUCUUUCUGCAAAAUGUGGGUGUCUUUGCCUUCAUCUCGAAGAAAAACAGUGAAAGACACGACUGCUUUGAAAGCGCAGAGCUUGACAGGGUCUAAUACAAAUGGGUACAUUUUUAUUUCAAAUGUUGUAAAUCCUAUAUUUUACUGUUUUCUUUGUAACAAGCAUCUACAGGUUAUGCGAACUUCUCUUUAAAAGCCUACAUUAAAUGUUAUAUGGGAGUUGUAUAUUGGAUGUAACAAAGCCCUAGCACUAACCUUUUGAAUGCCUAAUAAAAUUGAGUUGGGAGCAAUUUUCUGCCCUGGCAAGUUUGUUUAGUGAAACAUAACAAAACAGCUUCUGCCAAGCUAUUUUAUUAUAAGUAUACACAGUUAAACAUACAAAAAUCAACAAUAUGUACAUAAGAAUAUGGACAAAUUCAUUCUAAAUUGUAAACAAGUGAAUUGUAAACAAAACAAUAGCACUAAACUACUUACACAUACAGCAAGACUUACUCAAGGCACAUCCUUGAUAUCUUAACAAAACAUUAAAACUCUUGUCCCGUUUUUUGUGGACAUAAAGGGGUCACCAAAAAAAUUGCGAAAUGUAAAAAUUACGAUAAAACUGGAGGUACGCAGCAGGUGUCGUCUAGAUGGGAGGAGGGCAAAUUUAUCCACUUCUUUUUAAGCACAAACAUUAACAAACAAACCCAAAAACGUGUGCUUUGGUGGAAACCCAUCAGGGAUUAUUUUUUCUUUAAUGUGCUGAUCUAGGAGGUAGUCCACAUUGUCAGUUAAAAUCUGAUAUUUUGCAACUUGUACAAGAGUGCAGUUGUGAUGCAACUGCUUCUUCCUCUGUAGUGCAGGAAAUGAAGCACUAAAGAAGUCAAAUGAAUGUGAAAGCUAAGUAGGUUCCCAACGGACAUCAGUUUUCUGAACUCAAGUGGUUUAAAAAGCAAAUUGAUUGAACGUUUCUCUUGACUUCGCUAUAGCUUCCACAUGGAUAUUAUGAUAACCAUUGACUUUGGAAAUGGACAUUUUGCUGCGGUAGUACCGACUGAAAAACAUCCUCCUACCUCUCCAGAGUAUGUUCAGCAGAAAGGGCAGAUGAUGCCACAGGUCAGAGGCAGGGGAAGUGGAGGGGGGCUGAGGAGUAAAUUGGGUAUCCUAGAGGGGGAUCAGCUGCCUGAACAGUUAGGUUCCUUAGCAUGAAGGGGUGAGCCUGGAUGCUGUAACGCUCCUCGUCAUCAUUGGUAGCAUACAGGAGCUCCCAGGAAAGGUUUGCCCACUGGCCUCGUACUCCCUCUCCAUUCAGACGACCCACUUGCACCAGCUGCUCCUGCAGGGACAGGACUCGCCCUGUGUAGGUACCCUGUGGACAAGGACAGUCAAUGAUGCAAAUGAAAUACACACAUUUCACCGAGAUUUCCUCUAAAUUGCUAUUUUAAAUACCCUCCAUUUUUUAUUCCAAUUACUGAAUAAGAAAAAGCUGUAGUUAAGGUAUCAACAGUGUGGCUUAGACAGGAUGUAAACAAGUGUGAUUACCAUAGCGAGGUCAUGUCCUAGAGAGAACAGGAAGGGUUUCUCCUGAAGGACACUGUCGUGCCAGCCUUUCUCUGUCACCAGGCCAAUGUACCAAUCCCUUUCAUAUUCCUCCAAGGUGCUGAACAACUCCUCAGGGGACUCCAUGGGCCCUAGACUUGCUUGAUCAAACAGCAGCUUGAAACUGAACCUGAUGGCGAACAUAGAGGCAGAAUUCAAUAAAAUAUUUUUUUCCCCCCGGACGUAAAAAUAAUUCUGAACCUGUUGCCAAAACCUAGAAACUCUAACUGCCAAUUUU